AUGUCGUUUGCAGAAGUCAAGGCGAAGCGCAAGGCACGCGACUUCUUUUCCACGCAGGCGCAUAUGCGAGCAAACGAAGCAAACAAAGCAAACGAUACUCCCUAUGCCCACGCGCUGCAAGGCACGUCGCUGUAUGUAGUCCACACCGAAAAUUAUGGGCGUGGACUUGCUGUAGGAAGCGACGCCAAACCUGGGGACGUACUGCUGCGCACGACUCCACACGUAUCAGUCCUGCACACGAACCAAGUCCAGGAUCGAUGCUACUACUGCUUCCGCAAGCGCCCAAUACCGCUGGAUGCAUGGGACGCUGCGCGACAUUGCGACGAAUGCGGUGCAUUGCAGCGCUGGGCAUCUGCAGCGCGCGAUGCGGGACAGGCAUCUGUCGAUCCAGGUGCAGAUCAAUACAGCGCAAUGGAAGCGAGACCGACCGAGGAUGCGGAUGCGGCGCAGCUUGCAUUCCAACUCGCACGUUUUGUGAGCAUGGAUGCUGACCCUGCGACGUCGCUGCGCGCGUUUGAAUGCCCCGAUGCCGAGUCGCUAUUAUCGAUGAUUGGCGCAUAUACCGCGAAUGCAUUCAUGCUCUCCGAUCCGCAGCUGGACCCUAUCGGGGUAAGCAUCAGCCCUGUUGCGGCACUGUGCAAUCACAGCUGUACACCAAACGCCGUCGUGGUAUUUCCUUCCAGCUCCUCUUCGCGUACGAUGCAGCUUGUCUCGCUCAAACCGAUCCGCUCAGGCGAACAAGUAUGGACAUCGUACGUGGACUUGAUGGACACGUAUGCUCACCGGCAACACAUGCUGCAGGCACGGUACAUGUUUACAUGUUCGUGUCCCUUGUGCACGCUUACUACCUGCGGUGCGCCCCACUGGACGGAUCCGCGAACAAGCCUAUGGUGUCGCGUGCCGGGGUGCCGCGGAUUCGUUGCCACGCCGCGCCUGGAUGCAGACCGAAGCGAUACGGGUGCAUGCAAUGUGUGUGCAAAGCAAAGUACCCUGCGCGGUACUUUGGCCUUGCAUACGAGAUGGCAGGCCGCCGAGGCGCUCGCAGAAAUGGCACAGCACGAUGCGGCCGCGAUACCCUACACAAAGCUCCUGUCCAUGGUAGCGUGGCUCAGCGAGCUAGUCCCACCUGCGAAUACACUGCUAUGGCGUUUGCUCUACACCAUGCACCUUCUUGCGAUCGAGCGAGCACAAACGGACGCGUCGAGCUGGGGCGAUGCGGCGCAGCUGACCAUGCUCUUGUGUGCGGGCGCACAAACGUGUGCCAACAAGUCCGAUCCGGAGAGUGCAGUAUACCCCCGUGGCCAUCCAGUCCGUGCGAUGCUGCUCACAACGCUCGGAAAACUGCUUGUGCAAGUUACAAGUGUGGCUGAGGUGCGGCGUACGCCGCUGUUUUCGGGAGCGCCUGCGCUUCCGGCCGACGUUGCACAAACGGCAUGGUUGGCACAACAGGCACUGCAACAAGCGCUUCAAGAGGCGACUAUUGGUUUCGUGCAUGGUGAUAUUGUAGAUAUGGCGCGUGCUGCACUCGCUACAGGGUCAUAA